AUGACCGUCCAGCUAGGGGACAAGAUCGCCAUUCUUAUGGUGCUCUGGAAGCUUACUGAAUAUAUGUAUAUAUACUUCACAUACCGAUACGAACGCCGAAACGCCCUUCCGGACGGUCCUCCUACAGCGAUUACGGCAGGUGCUGCCUCGGCAUAUGGCGGAGAGUGUCUUUCCACUGCAGAGAGAAGGAUAUACUCUGUUGAGAGGCCUACACCAUGCUUCGCCCAGCGAGAACAAAAACACGUCCACAUACCGAGGAACAUAUCUGAGGGGCCUGAGGGGCCGAAGCGUCCUCCUAGAGCGAUUACGGCGGGCGCUACCUUAGCAUAUGGCGAAGAGUGUCUUCCCACUCUAGAGAGUAGGAUAUACUCUGUUAAGAGGUCUCCACGAUGCUUCCUCAAGCGAAAAAAAGUCCCCACAGAGAGGGACAUGGCUGAGGCAACUAUCCUGAGCCAAAAAAAGAAUAACGAUAUCUUGCAGGAAUUGGCGCAGAUGAUCAAGCCUAUUCACAGACUUAUAGGUGAACACUGGGAUGCGCGUUACAUCCGGUUUACCAACAUCUUUGGAGACAAACACCAUCUACUUGUCGAAUCCUGCAAAUCGCCUGAGGGUUUUGUUUAUUAUUUAAUGUCCACACUCAGGGAUCGUACUAGCAGGUGGACACUGCUAAAGGGAGCCAUUGAGCGCGGGGAGUUUUGGAUCGUUGAUGAGAAGGAUGACUGGGACUCCCCUCACCGCAUCGGAUCGUCCCCAGCUAUUCUGGCGGAUAACUGGGAGGAGAAUGCUAUAGCUGGGCGAGCUUUUCGGAUGAUGAUUGUGGAUUCAUUGCAUCCAGCUACCCCGGAUGAACUCCGUCUUAUGCAUAGCACAUGGUAUUCCUGUGUGAAGGGAUCCCUACAGGAAAUAUAUAAGCUAUCUGGGUGGGAAAUUAAAAAGAGUUAA